ACCGACCGUUGAGGAUGGAUCUAUGCGGAGUCGCGGAGGACGCUUCGCGACCGCUCAACGUCACGCUAGCGACAUCUAUCGGACGCGGAGUUGCGCGAAACGUGGUUUCGCCCGGUUCUAACUUCACGCUGCCGCCAUCUGACGUUGAUUCGAGGAUUCUCAAGGGACUCGCGCUUCCGACAGAUGCCGCAACCAGCGUAGUCAAAAUAGUCGGUAUCGUCAUCGUCCUCGAAUUAUCUCCGGACCUUUUGGGGGUCUCCUUUACCAAUACAAAAAUUUACUCAUGGCUGACAGUCUUUAAUAUUACUUCGUUGGUGACCUCAUAUUUGAACAAACAAUUUCGUCACGCUUUCGUAUACCUUGAUACGUGUCAGAAGCGUUCACUCGAACUGAGGAUAAACAGACCGGUGAAAGAGAAGCUUGGUCAGGAAGGUAUGUGAAAGAACGAUUAAGAUCGAACGAAUA